AGAACAUGCAAAAGUGAUCGUCCUCAGCAAGUAGUAUUCAGCCAAAGAGUACAGGACUACAUUCUGUCAGGUCCCGUAGUCACGACAGAACUAGUUGCUAGUGAUCAAGAGUGCCAGAUGCGAUGCAUUUUGAGUUUUAAGUGUGAUGUUUACAACUUGGGUCCUCUGGAUGAUUCUUUUCGUCGAUCCUGUCAGAUCUUGAGAUAUGACCUCAAGAGUUACAUUGUUAAGCGCCAAAAGGGCUGGAGCUUCCGGGCGAGAAAGGUAGCAUGUUUUAACUUUGGUUUAAAUUUUGAAAAUCAUCGGAGGCGAGAGACCUCAUAGACGACUUUCCCGCAGAUUUCGGAAGGUUGAGUCCGAGCGAAUAUGGAAGGUUGGGUCCGAGCUCUAGCAAUGAUAGUAUCUUUUUAAUUUUUUAUGGAAAAAGACACUUUUCUCUUAGACUCCCUCUCUUGGCAAAGCAAAAUGUAUGGCUGUCAGAAGCUGUAAUUUAAACCUGACGAAAUCCUAAUGAAAGGGCUGAAGUGGGAUGGGAAAGUAACUUCAUUUUGACCAUCAUCCCGUUCACGAGAGUAAGCAGCCGCACUUACAAGUUGUUUCAUGCAUACGAAUACGGUAUAAGCACAGGCUAAGUUUUAUGAAUAGCGUCAGUUCAAAUGAUAUACUGAAACCACAAGUAGGUGGUUUUUAACAUUCUAAGAAAGAAAACUAAUCUAAGUCCCACCCAAAAGCUACUCUUCUCAAUUGAAUGAAUGUUUUUCAACACUGAGGCGUUACUUCCGAAAUAACUUUUGUAAUGUUAAAUCCCGAGAGGGCAGUACAUAUUAUUGGGAAUAGAUAUUGAUCCCUUUUCAAACGAGCUUUAUUUGAAGAUCUAACUGAAGAUGUCGAUGAGAACUUCAAGACGGUGUCAUAGUGGCCUUUAUAAACAAAAUAAUUUCCCUUAACCACAGAGAGAUCUUUUUAACUAUAAAUGUUUUAUUUUGCGCUAUUAAUGCGUCAUAGAUAUAUUUCCCCUUUCUGUAUACCAACAUCUUAUUUAUUUUCACAGUGCACUUGUUCUCCUUGUUUGAAUGGUGGUAUUUGUUUCUCUAUUGAUGAAGCCAACACACCGCGUUGUGCUUGCACGAGUAACUGGAGAGGUCCUAUAUGCGCUGAAACAAUCGGUGAGUAAACCAUUAGACACACACUGUAAGUGUACGCCUAGUGUCACAAAUGCUGUGUCAUUUUAUGUACCUGAAUAUAGAAUAGUGUAACAAGUACAAGGCUGUACUGCGCUUUAUCCUCGAGUCUCGAAACAUUCGCAUGUGUAUGUGGACAUGAAGUAUUUAACAUCAUAGACAAAAUUCAGUUUCCGUGAUGUCCGUAACAUAAAUAUGUUCCUUUACAAAUUUGAAUAGCACAACCUCAGUUUGAAAGCUAAUUUGAGACCAUAGUUGACAAGUUUUCAACCAGAAUAUUGAGGUAACAGAUGUGAUACAGCCAUUUUGCUCUCGCACUGGAAAGAUCUGAAGUCAUACCAAAGGCUACGCAAGGAACCCAACUGACUAAAUCAGAAAACUGUGUUCGUCUUGUCGCGUUAUUACAUCCGUUGCUGUUCAAUUUUCAUAGACAUUGAUUCACAAAUAGAUCCCAUGUAGUCUUACGUCUGUUCAGUAAUAAAUCAUAGAUGAUGUCAAAUUGUGGUAGAGUGUCACUGAUGUUCUUACCACAUAUUGACGUCUUCUAUGAUCUAUUACUAUACAGACUCACGGCAACAUGGCAUUUAUUUGUAUUAUAUGAUAACAAAGCAAACUGUUGUUAGUGGUGACGUCAUCUAUGCGCCUGUCUUCCAAUAGAUCGUAAGUAAGAACCAAUUAAAAGGCGUGUAUCAUCCAUUUAAAUAUAUUAUAGACAGUUACUCAUUCUAACUUUUCUUUAAAUAUAGCUUUUAUUGCAACUAAUUUCUUAGACCAGAGUAUAAGUUGCGAAUAUAAUUUGCCGGUUUCCAGGUUGCAGAAAUGACUGGAAAAACUACAGUAUAUUUUGCUACAAAAUGUUCAAAACGGAAAAAGUGACAUUUUUCGAGGCUAAUUCCAGCUGUAUAAACGAAGAUGCUGAACUGGUUUCAAUUGAGGACUUUGAAGAAUUACGUUUUCUUGACGAGCUCUUAAGGCAGGAGGGUGUCGAAAAGAUAUACGUGGGUAUGACUGACAUUGCAGAAGAAGAUCGAUGGGUGUGGAUGGAUGGUAGUCCUGUCACUUUGGAUCCCCUGUGGCACGGAAAUCACCCGGAUGGUGGUACAAAGGAAAAUUGUGGGGAGUAUGUAGAGAAUCAUGGCUUCCAUGACAAAAAAUGUGAAAAAGAUAGGAGAUAUUACGUUUGUAAAUACUCGUUGUAUCGCCCGUAA